CAUGGCAAACCAAACUAAAGUAAGCACUUCUCUAUUACUCGAAAAGAAUCCAAUCGAGCUUGUUAAACCUUCAAAACACACUCCUUGUGAAACUCUCUCCCUUUCUACUUUAGACCAUGAUCCUUCCAAUGAAGCUAUGUACGCAUUUAUUUACGUUUUUGAGGCGAACGAAAAAAAACAAAAUGAUCCGGUCUCUUUGCUUAGAAAGGCUUUGUCCGAAAUUCUUGUGUACUAUUAUCCACUCUCAGGCAAGCUAAUGAGAAGCAAAAGUGAUCAAAAGUAUCAGCUGGUUUGUAAUGAGGAAGGAGUCCCUUUCACAGUUGCUACCGCAGAUCGUGAUCUCCGCUCUCUGAACUAUAUAGAAAACUUUGCUGAUGAAGUUGCAUUGCUGCUUGUGCAUGAGCUCGAAGUUAAUUUUGAAAGUGAGAUUGGUUGCCAUCCUCUCUCUCUACAGGUGACCAAAUUUCCUUGCGGUGGAUUAACGAUUGGCAUAGCAGUGACACACGUUUUGUGUGAUGGGCCCGGUGUCGCUACAGUAUUUCAAGCUCUAACCGAGUUAGCUGGAGGAAAGAGCAAGCCAUCGGUAAUGCCGGUAUGGCAAAGAGAACGAUUAGUCGAGAAAAUAGAUGAUAAACCGGCUAAAUUACCAGGCGCUGCUGCUGCUAAUGAAGGGCUGGUGGCCACAUCACCGUAUAUGCCAAGCAGUGAUAUGGUUACAGAGACGGUAAAUAUUAGGGCUGAAAAUAUUAAAAAGCUUAAAGAAACUUUGGUAGCUGAGGGGAGUUUCACUAGUUUUGAAGUUAUUUGUGCUUACAUAUGGAAAUCAACAUCAAGAGCCUUAAAGCUAAACCUUGAUGGAAUCACUAUCCUCACAAUAACUGUCGGAAUCGGACAUGUUUUAGACCCACCACUCCCCAAGGGAUACUAUGGUAAUGCUUACACAGUAGCCGACAUUGAGAUAACUGCGAGAGAGCUCGAGGAAUCAUCGAUCUCUGACAUUGUAAAGCUCGUGAAAAGAGCUAAAGAAACAGCUCUUGACAAGAGGUGCAUCGAGGAGGAGCUGAGGAAUAUGGAGAGAAUAGUGAAAGAGGAUGCAAAAUUCAAAGGAGUAAGCGAUGGUUUAUUGUUAUUGACAGAUAUGAGAAAUACCGGUUUAUACAGAUCAACGGAUUUCGGUUGGAGCGAGCCCGUGAAUAUAUGGCCGGUCACGCCUGAUCAGGAGGUCCCAGUCAACAUUGGGAUUAUCAUGAGACCUUCCAAGUUGGAUCCAUCAAUGGAAGGUGGGGCUAAAGUUGUCAUGACAUUGCCAAGAGAUGCAAUGGUUAAUCUCAGGAAAGAGAUGGUUGAUAUGAAUUAACUUUCUUUUGUGUAAAAUUUAUUCAUGAGUGAAUGUGAAUGCUUACAUGCUUAUAUAAUGUAAUAAAUAUGUGAGUUUUUACCUUAUCUGUAAUAAAUAAUCAGUUUAC